CUUCUUCAAGUUCUCGUCGGAGGAUGGCUGAGGCAGAUGCUGUCGUCGAUGGCCCUCAGUCCCCACGCCACUAUCACUUCACAGACCGGGCCACGUCUCGGGGGAAGGGGCGGGACGAUGGGAAGGUGUUCCGUGAUGAGGAACACCUUCCGGCAUACCGCUGCACUCAUUGCAUGAUGAUGAGGACGGAUGAGGCGACAGAAAGGCCUAUCAGGUGACCAACAGGCAAACGAGGUGUCGCUCUUCUCCCAUUCCUGCGUUCUUUGUCCGUCCCGCUGCAGCCGCGAGUCUCUGGCUUCGUCGAGAAGACAAGCAGUUGAAGAUCCAUCCACUUGCCCCACGUAGGACAGAAGCAGAUGAGUCACAUGUUGGUUACCGUGUGUGUGUGUUUGUGUGUUUGUGUAUUUGGUUCAGAUUUUUCUGGCUGCUUGAGCGCCUUCGUCAGCCAACAGUUCCCGGCAAAGCGGCAGGUCCACUGCCGCCUCCCGUGUGCGCCGGGCCUUAUCCGCUGUUCGUCCCCGAGACUAUUACCUUCACAAAAGGGAGGCCGAAGAACGUAUACUACUGCGACAGACAUGGGUGAUCCAUAUCUCAGAGCACAGAACACACAUUCGUCUCGAUGCAGUCAGUGAUGGUGUGUCUCCAGGCACCUUCGCGUGCUGCGUCAAGCGAGUCGGCUCCAGUUCACGGACCUCCCAAAGCUGUUCGGCCGCAUAGCCCGGGUGAGACGUCAAAUGCCGGCUCAGCUGCCUCUCGGCUGCGAGCUGGAGGAAGACAGGGAAGAGACAUUCGGCUGGGGAGGGGCUGUGACGCUCGACAUGAUAGACCUGGGCAAGACGCUGCGGAGCUUCUUUGGGGGAGAUGAGCCGAGGAACCAGGCCAAUUCGGCACCACAGACAGGUGGACAUACCACUUCAAUGGCGUUCCCUCAUCAGUAUCCAUCUUUGGUAUUGAUCCAGCCCCUGGUUCCCCUCAGAUGCGUCUCUCACGCCAGAACUCGCCAAAAAUCAAGGCUCAGGCCGCCAAACCAGCGACGCACCCUCAGGCGUCCAGCGGUUCCCUCAAGCUGCCCCGUAACAUGCUGCUCAUGCGUGCAGCGAAGCCUCUACGCGGAGGUUCUGUCGAGGAGGGCAAAGAAAACCAGGAAUGGGUCGGCACAAGGCGAAGCUCUGCAGCGUAAGACGAGACAAAAGGCACCCGUUCCGUAUAUACGGCUUUUGCGUGUGCCUUUUCAGCUAUUCUGUAACCGACAGCAAGGAGGAGGUUGCGAUGAUCCACUUCGAAGAUGGGGCGACAAAGGUCAUGACGGAGGGCGAGUUGACAAGGGCGUGCAGCACUGCACGAGCGCAGAACUCGACCAUUCCCGUAAGAAAGCCAAGCGCUCGCCUUGCACAUGACUUCAUUCCCGUGUGUCUCUCUAUUCUUAGUGGAGUGACGUGUCUCACAUCCAGGCCAUUGUCGCACCACCCAAGGCAUGAUCUGAACUCACAGAAGGAUGGGCCCGCAAGCAUUGUGUACUCACUUGGUUUGCAGGAAAGUCGGUCUAUCGUGUAUGAGUACAAUGCAUGGCGAAAGCCUUCUGCCGGCCCUCCAGCGUGGGUACGCGAACACGAUUUCUCGAGGAUACCGCCCCCCAAAGAGGUGAAAUAUAAGGGGAGGACGCCAGAAUGGCCAUACCUGACCUGUUGUUUUCAGGAGCGAGGAGACGCUUUCCAAGUGGUGGAUGUCAAGAACAUCGUGUCAUCGAUCCCUCUGUCCAUCAAUCACUUCCUCACCAUGUAUUCGGCUGUCUUUGUCCGCCCUGAUGGCUGCUCACCUGCAUUUCUCUCCUUCAGGCAUUUCGCUGUGGAGUUGCACAAAGGUGUCUUCGAGUUUGUGAGGGACCGGCACUCCACUUACUGGCUGAUCGGUGCCAAAAAGCUGCGGAUCGGCAAGUUUUUUGAGCGCCCGGCCGCGUCAGCGGCAGUCACGCCCGACCGCAUGCCCAUUCUGAUCAGGUCAGCACAGCAACUUCAAUCGAUUGCUGUGUGCCUGGGGGGCCUUGGGACCUUCCGCGUUGUUUGAUGUUCAAUGCUAGAUACUACUCCGAGGACGCUCUGCUGCGCGCAUCGAUGUCGCCGACAUCUGGUAAGUGAUGUCGUUUCUGAUUGGUCCGCGCUUUUGAGAACAUGCAUGCAUUCCCGGCUGUAGGUGCUCGCUUCGAGAAGAUGCAGGCAAGAAUGCUCGGGCACUAUCAAGGCAUCAAGGUUGGUGACUGCAUAUCACAAACAUCUUCUUGUUUUCUGAAGCAGACCUGCAUCGCUGUAUGCAGGACAAGCUGUCGAUCGACUCGUUGCUCAUUCGUGAGUACGAGGAUCCCCAAGUCGCGAUCCCAGCCUUCGAAGCCACAGACCUCACUGCACUCAAGAAGCACCUGAGAGGUAGCGAAUCGCAUACUAGCGAAGCUCUCACAUUGAGUGACCCGUGCCGUGUUUCUCUCUGUUUCAUCAACAGCAUAUACGUCGCCACGCGAGGAUGUCGCGUCCCCUCCUCCUUACCAACCGUUCCAGAGCGAAGAGAGGCGAUUCCGCCCUUCAGUCCAUCCCCCUAGCCCCACCCCUUUCGACUCGCCCCGCAGACGUGCAAUCCAUGAGGCACUUCAGUGGGCGUCGGGUCAGGGGCGGCUGAUGGCCUACGAGAAGCAGGGAUUCGUCAAGCGGAGGGUGCCCAGUGAGUCGCAGACAGAGGUCGUCGGCAGGCCGUACAAGAUGUACAAACGGAGAGGGGGCGAGCUCUGCUUUCCGUCCAGCGGACACAUGUACCCAUUCAGGCCAGCCCCUGCACAACCGGCGACACGUGAAGAGCGCCCAUCCGUCAGCGAGAGAAAGAUGGACCUGGGUGUUGAUCUGUGGCUUCCGGAGUCGUCACGACCGCAGGACUUUGUGCCCCAGCUGCGACUCCGGGUGGUGGAGGUGCCGAGACACAGAUUCCGGCCCUCUGUGCCUGACUCGCCUCCCAAGCUGCGGAGGCCUGUGUCGUACGGCACUGGCGUCCAUGUUUUCCCUGCUGCUGCUGAUGGUUGGGUGAGGAGAGAGAGGGUGCAGAGAAGGUCUAUCGGUGACAUAAGGAGAGAGACAGCCAUGAUGCUGGAAGACCUUAACGGCAGGUGAAUGCGCGUGAGAUUCUGUGUCCAUGCGUCCAUUUGUCC